GUUUAGUGUCAUCACAUUAUUUAACUAAUAUAAAAAAAUUAUAUAUUUAUUGACAUCAUGGGGUUGCAAAAUGUCCAGUGAAUGACGGAAUGCAGGCUCCAAAAGAAUAGAGCCAUUGUCAUCACAGUAAGACAGGUUUUGUAAUCGUCGUCUCAGAUCACCAGAAAAUCAUACAAUAUUCUGUGGCGUGUUCUGGCUGAAAUAUAUGUAAAAUGUUUGACAGCAAUACAUCAACAUCAACGGCCAACGCGUCAGUAACUGACACGGACCAUAAUAAUGUUGGAUUAAUUUUCACUAAUAUGUUUAUAUUCAUAUUGUCAGUAUUAACCAUUGGUGGAAAUGCUUUAACAAUUGCUGUAUUCUCAAAGGACGCAUCGCUUCGUAACAACCCACAGAGCAACCGGCAUAUCAUGAGCCUAGCCGUAGCUGAUCUUGGUGUUGGACUAUUCCCUUUGCCACUGAUGAUUAUUAUUAACAUUGUAGACUACUGGCCGUUUGGAAUUUAUUUCUGUAUGAUCAAGUCCAUAGUGGAAGGAACCCUUCUAAUCGUUACCAUCUUUACCAUUGCGUUUAUCAGUUUCGAUCGUUAUUUGCUUGUCCACAAGGAGUAUCCAAAUUAUCUGAAGAGUCAGACACGGCUACGCGUUAACCUCCAGAUUGCCUUUACUUGGACGUGUUCAGUUGUCAUAAUGGUAACAAACGAAAUACUUUAUUUCUACAAAGUGGGCUUUGGUGUCAUUGACAAUUUGUAUUGCAACUUCCAUACCAACCCCGACACAUUGUUAACCAUAAUACUUCUUGUAUUUUUACUUUUUAUCCCAAUGUCUGCUAUUGCUUAUUUCAACACAAGUACAUUUUUAAAAAUACGGAAGCGUAUACUCCAGAGACGGAAAAUAGGCGUCGAUCAGACACAUAAUGUGAAAAACACGUCGACGGUUCAUGAACAACCAUUAGGCCUAAGCCAUGGUGAAGCAAAUACAAGUAAAGACGCGAAUUAUGCCAACUUCAGCGAAACUAACCGAGACCGCACCCAAAACUCUCAAACUAGGACAAGAACAAGAUUAGAUGUUCCAAGUCCACAUGCAGGAAACAGCCAAUCAAAAGAUGCCAGUUUCAAAAGAAGAUAUAUCCGUCCUGCUGUAAUGAUGGGUGUGUUAUUAUCCACUUUUUUGAUCUGCUGGGCUCCACUUGGUUUAACUGGUGUUCUUAAGAAUUUUAUAGUAGUAUUUGAGGACCCCAGAGAUUGGAAGUGGAUACAGCUUUGUAUGUACAUGGACUCAGUGUUCAACCCGCUACUCUACGCCAUAAUAAACAAGAAGAUUCGGAUAGCUAUGAUAAAAUGCUUAAAGAGAAAUUGAAUGCCGAAGUAGACCAUUCAUUGAAUUAAUUAAUUGUUUGGUUUUAUCAAGAAUGGAUCGAUUUUAAUUUGUGAAUGAUUUUUCAAGAAUUGAUGGUGAGGGAGAGACCUAUUUUGCAGUGUACUGUACUGUACCUGUAUGUUUAUGUGGUUCUUGUUAAUGGUACC